AUGACCAGUUGCGGGGAAUGCGGGGCAGCAUGCGUAUGGGACGAGGACGUCUGUUCAGCGAUCUGUACACAAUGUGGCACCCUCAGCGAUCCAUCCCAGUCACUGCUGUCAACACAUGUAGAAUAUUCCGAUACUUCUGCUGCUCAAUAUCCCUCUAGUUCGUACUCUUCUUCCACAACUCUCAAAAGUAUCCGCAGUAAAAAUGGCUGGAAUCUCGCCGGCCAAGGGAAGGAAGCAAGGGACAGAAAAAACGCGUUUGCGAUCCACAGCUUUAUCAAAUCUCUCUUAACAAGGCUCAACUAUCCCGGUCUAUCCCCACGAGCCAUCAUCAUCUUCACACAGGCAAUGUCGAAAGGUAACUACAAAUGGGGCCGCAGAGCGAAACUCGCAGCCGGCGCGUCAAUUGCCAUCGCCCUGCGUGAGGCUCACAAAUCUGAUUCGCUCCGUGAUAUUGCUUUCUUACUCGAUGACUCACCCAUUUCCCUAUCCCGCGCUUUCACUGCCGUGGUAUCUCUAUUGGAAUUCAAAUUAGACUCAACAGAUCCUUCCGUCCACUUUCUCAUCAUACAGGCCCACCUUCAAUCACUUCUGCAUUCACAGUCCCAGUCCACUUCUAUAUCAUUACUCCCAGAACACGGAUCUCUUCUCAAAUCUCUGUCUUUCCCAUCAAUCAUUCGCAUAGCUACGUCUUUAUCUGAUAUUCUCAUAGGUCAUGUACCUGUUCUCCCCAUUGCACAACUCCCGACGCCGCCAACAGCGUGCGCAAUCUUGAUCCUUGCCCUUGAAGCAGAGUUGCGCACAUCUUUUCCCAAGCUCGGUGAAUUUUCCAGUGUUCUGGCAUCUCGUUUUGGUUUCGCACGUGGUGUGGUGAUGUCGCGCUACAGGACGAUAUACGAUCUUGUGGAGGAAUGGAUUCGCGAAGUUCCAUGGCUUGACCAUUUUGAACCGAAAAACAAAGGCCACGGGAAGAAAGCGCGUGCAAAGGUCCCGAAACGUUCAAUAGUCGCUGGAGGUUUGAAAGAUGUCAUCCAAUUCCGGGAAGAGAUCUGGGAAAAGAAGUUUGAAAAUCAAGAUAAGCUCAAUAUCGCUUUAGAUGUGGAUUCAGAAGUAGAUGAAGAUGAAGACGGCGAAAUUAUAAACCUGGACGACCCUAAGGUGUCUACGACGAUGAUGGCCAAGAAUAGGGUGAUGCCAGAUCAUGUGGACACAUUGACACAUCCUCACAAGAAACGGAAAACAACUCACGGGACUCUUGGCCAAGCAUGUCAAUUCCUACUGGACCCUCUCUCUUCUGCCCUUCCCCCCGCUUCUAGCUCUGCGACAAGUCAAGUGUCUUCUCAUCUCGUAAGUCCCAGUAGCGCCCAGUCCCCGUCGCUUGCUUCGUAUCUCCUUGCUUGCUCUCCUGACCUGCCCUUACGCAAUAAACCAACGCGUCUUCAACUGCUAGCUACGGCACGUGGCGGAAGUGACCUCAAUCAUGUCGGCGAUGACGAGUUAUUUGAAGAAAGUGAGUGGGAAGGAAUAUUCAGAAGCGAAGAAGAACGUGAAAAGUUACAGCCGCUUUUUAUGUUGGAAUGGGGCGAAGAUGAUUUGGUCGAUAAACCUGAUAGCUAUUCAGAAGAGAACGCGCAGACGAAGAAAAGUUCCAAAGGAAAGGGUAAGGAAGUGGCUCGUGGCGCAAACCGUAUCAAUAUGGAUGCGUUGGAGCGUGUUUUACGUGGUACGGACUCUCUCGUCGAAGAAGGACAAUCGGACGACGAAUAUGCUGGCGUCGAUGUUGGUGAAUAUCCGUCUUCGCCGGUGCUCAACACUACGGGAUUUACCACCACGGAUGGCGCGGAGGAGAUAGAAGCGUGGAGGCCUCUCUCACCUGACGGCGGUGGACAAGGGGGUGUGGAUAGGUAUGACGAAGAAUACUAA